GCUCCUAAUUCCUCGCUCCUAGAUUCUCGAUAACGUGAUAGGCUUCGAGGGUCGUCGUGGUUCUUAUCGAGCCCUGCGUUGAGGCGGGAACCCCAUUUCAAACAGCGUCUCCCAACAACCGAUUCGAGCCUCAACAAGCUCCUGUCACGGCCCGCACCUGCCUUCAAUUCCACUCAAAAAGGCCUCGCUUGUUUAUUUGGCGACCUGGCUAAAUCUUCCAUUCUUUUGUAAACCCAUUGCUACUCGUAUAGCCGUCAUACCGCCGCCAACAUGGCCACAACUGCCCGCCCACAGAACCCGGUUCUAAAGAGAACUAUUACGUCCGAUUCCUCCCCGACGUCUCCAGCGCCCUCAGUCUCGGAUUCGCCCGUAGAGUCUCCAACCCAGUCUCCAUCUGCCACCUCUUUGUCUUCGCUCAGCUCGGCCGAUAACGUCGAUGUCAAAAACGCUCGUGGUACCCUCUUGGACACGUGGGGCAACGAGUUCGAAAUUCCGGACUUCACCAUCAAGCAGAUUCGCGAUGCCAUUCCUGCCCACUGUUUCAACCGUUCUGGGGCCCGUGGCCUUGGCUAUGUCGCCCGCGAUGUUGCUUCGCUAGCUGCCACCUUCUACUUCUUCAACACCUAUGUGACCCCGGAGAACAUUCCAGCACCCGCUAUCAGGGCUGGUUUGUGGGCUGGAUAUACCUUCGUACAGGGCUUGUUCGGUACCGGGCUUUGGGUGAUGGCGCACGAGUGUGGCCAUCAGGCCUUCUCGCCGUCCAAGACACUGAACGAUACUGUGGGCUGGCUCUGCCACUCCUCUCUCCUCGUCCCAUACUUCUCGUGGAAGAUCUCCCACGGUAAGCACCACAAAGCUACCGGGAACUUGGAGCGUGACAUGGUAUUCGUGCCAAAGUUGAGGGAGGAGUAUGCGUCCCGGGUUGGCAAGCUGGCUCACCAACUCUCUGAGUUGACCGAGGAAACGCCAAUCGCCACUGCCCUCCAUCUGGUCACCCAACAGCUCGGAGGUUGGCCUACAUAUCUCCUCUCCAAUGUUACCGGACACAACUACCACGAACGUCAACCUGAAGGCAAGGGCAAAGGAAAGAAGAAUGGUUUUGGAGGUGGCGUGAACCACUUCUUCCCCUCCAGUCCCUUGUAUGAGAAGAAGGAUGAACACCUGAUCCUCCUUAGCGAUCUUGGCCUCGCCAUUACUGUGGGCAUACUCCUCUAUAUUGGAAAGACCUUUGGAUGGACCAACUUGUUGGUAUGGUACGUUAUCCCGUAUCUUUGGGUGAACCACUGGCUCGGUAAGUUCUUCCAAAUGGCGGAUAUCGAUCACACCGACCCGACCCUCCCGCACUACGACGCCCAUACCUGGAACUUCACCCGCGGAGCCGCUGCGACCAUUGAUCGUGAAUUUGGCUUCAUUGGCCGUACCCUCCUUCACGGCAUCAUCGAGACACACGUGCUUCACCAUUACGUCUCCACAAUUCCCUUCUAUAACGCCGACGAAGCUUCGGAAGCUAUCAAGCCGGUUAUGGGCAAGCAUUACCGCGCUGAUGUGAAGGAUGGCUCGCUUGGGUUCCUUAAGGCCUUGUGGCGAAGCGCUCGCAUGUGCCACUGGGUCGAGCCCAGUGAAGGUGCCAAGGGAGAAGGCAAGGGCGUCUUCUUUUUCCGCAACAGGAAUGGGCUCGGUGUCCCACCACAAAAGAUGUCCGCCCCGGUCGCUAAGCCGACUGCUGGUAAAGGUGCGAAGAUGGAGAUGGGCACUGAGAGCGACCACGAGUAAUUUACGACGCGAUUUUAUGAUACUCAUGCCAGCAGUAUAUGUAUACAUCCCCUACCGAACAUCUCGCAUUGCGUCUAGGAGAGGAGUUUUUCGAUUCGGCCGCUUGAUACCGAAAUGAUAUCUUCUUUUGUUCGCUUCAUCGAGUCGAGCGCUGCCUUUUGCAAGACACUGCUUAGAUAGACCAUUAUAUCCCUGACGAGAACUGCGACAUGGCUUGUAGAAUGCUUGAUGGAAAAUGAUUCCGUAGAUAGGUCAUAGAGUAAACGACAAAA